GAUUAAACGUAGUGAUUCUCUCGAAAAAUCGGGUAAUCAAUGGCUGAAAGAUUGAAGGUUUGAUGGGGCGGUGACGCAGCAUGCGCCGUGGGCCCUACGCCGCGAUCCUGCGGCUGCUACUCAUUGCCGGCAGCACAAGAUUCGUCAAUCCUCAUUCAAGUGACAGUACAGAUCUCAAGCAAGUAUGGGUAGAGAUACCCACCACCGUCGUAGCUUUGGGAGGCGAUGUCCGUAUUCAAAUUCACGGCGUUACUGGUACUCGUCUGAAGGUUCGCCUCGCCAGAGAAGACGACGAAGGGAGAACUCUCCUCGCCACAAUGCCGCUAGCUCUUGACUCUGAAAGCCGAAUGACAAUACCGUGCGGAUACUUAUCAAGAGGAGGCACUUAUUACUUGGAACUUAUUGCUGAUAAAGAUAACUUCCUAAACGAAGAUUACACCACGGAGAAUUUCACAAAUGAAAUUGAUGAUGAUGUUAAACAGGAUGAAGAUAAUGGUUUUUCUAAACGCAACGUCGAUGAUUUGGAGGUCUUUAAUAAAAAAGACUAUCAAAUCACAAGUGACUCUAAUUUAGAUAGUUAUACGAAAAUAAGUGUUGAUGGUGCAGAGUCUAGUCAAAAUACAGAUAAUGUAACUAAAAGAUAUGUAAAUAAUGAACAUAGUAGUCGAAUUAGUGAUAGUAAAGAGCAUAUUGUUGACAGAACAGAUGAGAUUCUAACAGAAUCUAGACUGAAGAGGGAUGUUGAUAAUGAAGGUAGUAUAAUGGAUGCUGGAGAUAGUGUUGUUAAAUCUUGGAAGUUCGACGUGCAAUGGCCCACAGCUAAUCUUGAUGUGACCCCGGAAAAUAUACAAACUUAUCCACAGAGACAAGUGAUGGCCAUCAUAGAGUUUCCAAGGGUUGUUUGUACACCAAUAGAAUCCAGUGCUGAUUUCUUUCUAGAAUUGUUGUAUUGUGGCCAUUCGAGCGGUCGAGCUAUGCUGUGCGAUGGAAAGAAUAGCAGUUCUCAUACACACGCUCUAUAUUCGGAGGAGAUGCACGGCUUCCCUGGCCGUCGUACAAUGACCCUGAGAUGUGAAUUCUUUGGGCAGGCUGGCGAUUAUGCCUUAACCCUACGACCAGCCGCAGCAGCGGGCCCACAAGAUUCUGCUAUUGCUUUUAUUAAGGCGGACUGGUCUGAUCAAUUCGUACUUAAUGUACCAGGCGGAUCCGUGUUCCCGUGUGGAGACGGAGUACGCGUCUUAUUCCAGUAUCCAGAAUGUGCGAUCGAAGAUGUGGAUAGAGUCCGUGUGUUCGGUAGAGACUCGGACAAACUGCGCUACAUCGUUGAGAGGAGAGUUCGCAGGGGUCAACAUACUGCGACCUUCGACUGUCGGCUCUUCACGGAGCGCUAUCCUGAAUACUGCUUUGUUUACGUGUCUCAAGCUGUAACCGGUGCAGUGGCCGACGUUAGGAUGGACUGCCUACCCACUUUACCACUAUCAGAUGGUGGUGCCGGAGGUUGGGGCGAAUGGUCUCCGUGGUCAGCUUGUCCAGCACCAGCGCACUGUUCGACUCGCACCCGAAGCCGCCAUAGAUUCUGUGAUUCACCCCCACCAGCAUACGGAGCUAAGUACUGUGAGGGGCAAGCGGUGGAGCUGGCAGCGUGUGAGUGCGCAGCGAAACCAUGGGCAGGAGACUCUUCUACAGUGGUAGCUGAAGUGGGACCAAAGUGUAGGUGUGGGUGCGUGCUGCAUCUAGCGCCGGCCGCCAGACUGUUGGCUGGUUCCGCGAGGGCCUGCAAGACAAGGUCGUUUUGGUUACUGCAGGCCGAAGAAGGACUUGAAGUUCGUCUUCGUAUUGAAGCGGUACGGUUGCCAUGCGCCGGUCAAGCUCUGAGAGCCCGUGAUGGAGAUUCUUUAGGAUCUCCGCUGUUGGCUUCUUGGGAUGGACCGGACAGUUCUGCUGUUAUCGGUGAUGUGGAAACAACAACGGACAGUACCGGAGCCAUGGAGAUCGCUGGAGGUCAGCACAUUCUGGUGGAGCUGAGGUCUGGAGACACCAGCGAACACUGCUCCGGAGGUUUCUUGGCUCACGCUAGUCAAGUCGAACCGAUUCGCAACGUCUCGGCGGCGUGGGCGUCAAUGCGGGGAGGGGAGUGGUGGCGGAGCGGGGGCGGGGCGCGAGGAGCCGCCGUAACCCUCGCGGCGGCUGCAGCACUCGCCGCUCUAUGUCUGGCUCUACAUUCCGCCCAUCGCACUAGAGCUUACCAGCGCGCUGCCGAUAAAGAGUCUUUAACCGAUAGUGAUGCCUGUUCAGCAUCUCUGGAACUAGGGAGAACGACUGCCGGUUCUCGUAGCACUCUACUAUCCGAAGUGGUCGGGGGAGGUGUAUCCCUCCGUCGACUCCUACCUUCAGGGAAGACUCGUCACACCAGACUGAGGGACUUCGAUAGAGCCUCUGAACGUGUAGAGCAAAGAGACGAAGAUGAACCCUCUGAUCAGGAGCAGGACGUGGCUGAUAAUAUGAGCGUGGUGAGCGCUCAGAGCGUGGCCAGCCAAGCCACCGUCACACCGGAGACGGUAUCGGCUAGCAGCGCUCCGGCUGGUAGAAACAGCGUCAUACCAUCACCGCUGCGACGAUCGAGAACCGUAUCAGCUUCUAAUGUUACUACGAAGGUUUUGCUGGAAAACCCUGCGUUAGUGACCUCGCCGCCUCAAUCGUCUAACUGCGAUACGACCGGCAUGGAACUUAGCACCAGCGUCAGCAGUGUGAGCGAGAGAGAUGACAUUUCCAGCGAAAAAGACAGAGACAGUGCGUGGGAGAAAGAUCGCAGCGAAAGUCGAGCUUCCUCUUCCACUUCUGCAGCGACUUUGACAAAUGGCUGGUAUUCACCAGCGCUUAGCGGUGUAUCCGCAGCCAAGAUCCGCGACAAUCCAAAGCACACUAAAGAGAACUGCAAUCGAAGACUCCUCAAAUCCGAUCUGAGCCUCACUUCGCACGCUGAAAUGGAAAUAGACUACUAUGAUUACGAAGUCAAUAAUGCUGGUUCGGUACCAGGUUCGUAUUUGGGUAUGGAUCCAGCUUUCCUAGUUUGGAUACCGCCGUUAGAAGAAGGUGAUAUUUUGAAAGAAAUCAAUGAGAAAAAACAACCAAUUUAUGAGGAAAUCCUUGCAAAAGAACUUCAUCCUGAUCCAGGCAGCAAUACCGAAUCACCAGAAGACAGACCUUCGUCGAGCAAUCUCAAAAGGUCUGAGAACAGAUCGAAUAGGUCCAACGAAUCCAUCAAAUCGAUACGUAAAGUCAUAGAAAAGGGCAACAUCAUACACCCGUUAAACUUCAGUAUAAGUGAUUUGCAAAAAUCACCCAAACUUACCAGGAAAGGCAGGAAGAAGAAGGUCGAAAGUCCCGUGACGAUACCGAUGAAAGAUUUAACGUUGACACGGUCUCCUGUUAAAGUACACAGGAGGGAAAAUCGUGAUCCUGAUAACACAUCAACGUUAAAACGAAUUAACGAUACGAUUCGUGAAACUAAUGCUGAUACUCUGAAAAGAUCUGAUUUUGGUGAUAUAAAGUUUGCUGAUGAAAAUUCAGAUUCAUCCAAUGAAAUCACUUUUGCUGAUGAUUCUCCCGAUAGCAAUAGAUUCACCGAUAAGUAUAACAUUAGGGCUUGAAACAGUUUUGAAAUCGAUUCCAUAUCUUAUAUUCUAAGUAUGGUCAGCAUCGGAAUCAAUGUAGAUGCAUUAUUGUAGAAACAACAUAAUUAACUAAAAUAAAAAAUGAAAUAAAACGAUUCUAGUCACUCGUAAUAAUAUAAAUUAUAAUGGUGUUUUCACAAAAUCUAUAUUUGAAUUCUGUCCUUUUUUGUAUUUAUAGCGUACUAAUUUAUACCAAGAUAGUAUUAAUAAUAAAUCAUCAUUAGUUUAAUUUAAGGACCAAAUAUUAAACACAAACAUUCAUAUCAUCACAUUAAUAUCUGAGAUUCUAUCACGUUAAAAUUACAGAGUUACAAUUACAUAGUAGAUUCAUCAAGAUUAGUAAUGUUUUAUAUAAACUGAAAAAUAUAUGUAUGUAAAAAUUUACACUUAGGGCGCAAGAAGAAUCCAUAUGAAAGAUGUUGUUCUUUAUUCCAUAUAAAUCACAGAUAUUACAGAUUUCAGAUAACGCACGCAUUGCCCUUUCAGUGCUAAAGUGAAGCAGUGUAUAAACUAAAGUGAUUUUUAUGGAUGCGUAAAAGUUGCCUAUCAAUAAUGAAUUGACAUUAUUAAUAGUGUAAGCCGUGAUUUAGAUCAAACUUUGGGAGCUUAAUGUACAUCUGGGCCCGUCCAAUAAAAUUUCGACCUCACAUCGCAGUUUUGGACACUUUAACGAUCAGGUUUCUUCCUCUGAAGUACCUUAGAGGAAGAUAAAGCUAUUUUUAGGAACAGAAAGGUGCGCAACAAACGCCCAAGAUAAUGCAUGCUCAUUAGAGAUCGCUAAGAAAAAUAUCUAAUGUAUCGGACCGGUCUAUAGACCUUUCUUAAGACAAUGUAAAUUGGAUUAUUCUUUCAUGUCCUAUCCAUCGAAUUCUGAAUACAUACCUUUUUUGAAGUUUACAUUUCUGUUAUUUUAUUUUACUAGACUAGUUGUAGAAAUAAGCAGCAGCGUCACCUCCUAAAGAAUUCUCGAAGAAACUACAUUCAUAGAAAAUAGUACGGUUUUUGCACUGGACCCACGCUAGUAAUUUUAGAUAGCAAACAUGAUUAAACAUAAUAAUAGCAUUAGAUAGCAAACAUGUUAACCGCGUAUCAAAUGUUUGAUCUGCCUUUAAUGAAUUAUCGAAAUUAUAAUAUCGCAUUGUCAGAAAUUGUCAAAAUAAUUUAAUAAAAACGCAAAGUAAGUUUUUUAAAAGGUUUCUUUGACUGCAGACAACUCUGGAUUCCAUACCUGUGAUGUAUCUAUCUAUGAGCAUUAUUUGUUCUUCUAAAGAGCUGUGCGUUCAGAACGAUUCGAUAAAUACCUAAAUAUUGAGUAAGCUUAUCGAUAUAAGUACAUAAAAUUCGUCACCUCAUUGUAUUUAUACCAUAUUUUAUCGAUCACAUUUCUUAAUAGUAAAAUAUAAGGCUUCUCUUGUUCUGCUUAAAUUACUUUACACUCAAUCAAUCAGUCAAUGAUACACUUGUCAACGGCUGUGGUCAAGUUUUGGGCUAAAAUUUUUGAAAAGAAAUUGUUCAAAUUUCACUAACGUCCUAUUUAAAAGUGAUCUGAGUUAACAUUUUAAAGACAUCUUCAUUUUCAAAAUCUAAAGCGGAUGUCGACAGAUACCGGCUUCUUAUACAAACGAUUUAAUUAAUUAGAAAAAAAUCAACGUUAAAAUUAUAUAACUUCACAUGAUCUACACGAAGGAAGUAUUAAAUUCAUAGCUAUUAUCUGAUUUUAUUAAUCGAAUCAAUUAAGUGUUUCUUGAAAAUUCAUAUUAAUACAUUAAUUUUGUUGUUCCUAAAAUACAAAAGUUUGUUUAUAACAUUAAAAGACUAAUUCGGGAGGUGCAAUAGGUAAUAUAAUAU